GCAGCAAGAUGGAGCUGUCUGCAGUGGGGGAGCGCGUCUUCGCCGCCGAGUCCAUCAUCAAGCGCCGCAUCCGAAAGGGGCGCAUCGAGUACCUGGUGAAAUGGAAAGGCUGGGCCAUCAAGUACAGCACCUGGGAACCCGAGGAGAACAUCCUAGACUCCCGCCUCAUCGCCGCCUUCGAGCAGAAGGAACGAGAACGUGAGCUGUACGGGCCCAAGAAGAGAGGACCUAAACCUAAAACUUUUCUGCUGAAGGCUCGGGCCCAAGCGGAGGCCCUCCACAUUGGGGAUGUACACUUUUCUGUCAAGCCUGGUUCCAGUACCUCCUCUCCCAAACUCCACUCCAGCGCCGCAGUGCACCGGCUCAAGAAAGACAUCCGGCGAUGCCACCGCAUGUCCCGGCGCCCCCUGCCCCGUCCGGAUCCCCAGAACGGCGGCAGUGUGGGUGGCGGGGCUGGCAUUCGUCCUCCUGUCUCACCCUUCUCAGAGACCGUGCGCAUCAUCAACCGUAAGGUGAAACCCCGCGAGCCCAAACGCAGCCGCAUCAUCCUCAACCUCAAAGUCAUUGACAAAGGUGGGAAGCCAGCCAAUGGGGCCGGGGGCCUGGCUCGGCCCAAGAUCCCUUCCCGAAACCGGGUCAUUGGCAAGAGCAAAAAGUUCAGCGAGAGCGUCCUGCGCACUCAGAUCCGCCACAUGAAGUUUGGUACCUUUUCGCUCUACAAUAAGCCGUCUGCUGCACCUACCCCCUCUCUGGAGGGCAAGGGGGAGGCCGAAGGCUCCCAGGCAGCCUCCUGUGGGCUCAUUAUGGGCUCCACCCCCUAUGAUGCCCCCAGCUCCAGCUCCUCUGGCUGCCCAUCACCUGCUCCCCACUCCUCCUCUGACCCAGAUGAUUCCCCUCCAAAGCUGCUCCCUGAGACCCUCAGCCCAGCCAUCCCCGACUGGCGUGAGUCAGAGGUCCUCGACCUCUCAAUCCCACCUGAGUCGGCUGCCACCAGCAAGCGUUCUCCCUCGGGAGGGUGUAGUGGGGGGCAGACUCCCUCCUUGUCCCUCUCCUCUUCUGACCCGGAGCAGGAGGCUGGCGACUGGCGUCCUGAGAUGUCCCCUUGCUCUAAUGUGGUGGUCACAGAUGUCACCAGCAACCUCCUCACUGUAACCAUCAAGGAGUUCUGCAAUGCAGAGGAUUUUGAGAAGGUGGCGGCAGGCAGUGGUGGAGGGGGCAGCAAGUGA